AUCGGAACAUGCGCAGAAAGUUCCACGGCCCUUCCUCCACUCGAAAGGCGCCUGUCGCUGCGGGGCCCGGAUGUAGCAGCAGACACUCUCCCCCCUCCCCCCGCAUUUGGAAUUUGGACGGCUCCGAGUAAGGGUCUCCCCAAGUAGGAAGAGACCACUUGGGAUUGCGGGAGAGGGGUGUCUCCGUGUGUGUGUGAGAGAAAGAAGCGCCGCGGUGUGCACGCGGAGGCCCCGGCUCUUCCCCACAAGCCGAGGAGACCGGCGGGCCCGGCUCCAACUCGAGCUCCUGGUCUUUGUUGCGCCGGCGUUUCCUUUCCCCGCCCGCCGCCCAGAGGAUGAGCAACUCGCGGAACAACCGGGUGAUGGUGGAGGGCGUCGGGGCCCGUGUGGUGAGGGGCCCCGACUGGAAGUGGGGCAAGCAGGACGGCGGCGAGGGACACGUCGGCACCGUCCGCAGCUUCGAGAGCCCCGAGGAGGUGGUGGUGGUCUGGGACAACGGCACGGCCGCCAACUACCGCUGCUCGGGGGCCUACGACCUCCGCAUCCUCGACAGCGCGCCCACCGGAAUUAAGCAUGAUGGGACAAUGUGUGAUACUUGUCGCCAACAACCAAUAAUUGGCAUCCGGUGGAAAUGUGCAGAAUGCACAAAUUAUGACUUGUGUACAGUAUGUUAUCAUGGGGAUAAGCAUCACCUGAGACAUCGCUUUUAUAGAAUAACAACCCCAGGAAGUGAAAGGGUACUACUGGAAUCCCGCCGCAAAUCAAAGAAAAUCACUGCAAGGGGAAUCUUCACUGGUGCCAGGGUGGUGCGAGGAGUUGAUUGGCAGUGGGAAGACCAGGAUGGUGGCAAUGGACGUAGGGGAAAGGUAACUGAAAUCCAGGACUGGAGUGCAUCAAGUCCGCACAGUGCAGCAUAUGUUUUGUGGGACAAUGGGGCUAAAAACCUCUACAGAGUUGGCUUUGAGGGCAUGUCAGACCUUAAAUGCGUCCAGGAUGCAAAAGGAGGAUCCUUCUACCGUGAUCACUGUCCAGUGCUUGGUGAACAAAAUGGUAACAGGAAUCCAGGUGGCCUGCAGAUUGGUGAUCUGGUAAACAUUGAUCUUGACUUAGAAAUUGUCCAGUCUUUGCAGCAUGGCCAUGGAGGAUGGACUGAUGGAAUGUUUGAAACCUUAACUACUACUGGCACAGUAUGUGGCAUAGAUGAAGAUCAUGACAUUGUUGUACAGUACCCAAGUGGCAAUAGGUGGACCUUUAACCCUGCUGUUCUGACCAAAGCAAAUGUUGUCCGAAGUGGAGAUGCUGCUCAAGGGGCUGAAGGCGGCACUUCACAAUUUCAAGUGGGUGAUCUUGUCCAAGUUUGUUAUGACUUGGAAAGAAUCAAGUUACUUCAAAGAGGACAUGGUGAAUGGGCUGAAGCAAUGCUUCCUACUUUAGGUAAAGUUGGAAGGGUCCAGCAGAUCUAUUCAGACAGUGAUUUAAAGGUAGAGGUUUGUGGAACUUCUUGGACAUAUAAUCCAGCAGCUGUGUCAAAAGUAGCAUCAGCAGGCUCUGCUAUAAGCAAUGCAUCUGGUGAGAGAUUGUCACAAUUACUGAAGAAACUGUUUGAAACUCAAGAAUCUGGGGAUCUUAAUGAAGAACUGGUUAAAGCAGCGGCUAAUGGGGAUGUAGCCAAAGUGGAAGACUUGCUUAAGAGACCAGAUGUGGACGUGAAUGGGCAGUGUGCAGGACACACAGCUAUGCAAGCUGCUAGUCAGAAUGGACAUGUUGACAUUUUGAAAUUGCUUCUGAAACAAAAUGUGGAUGUAGAAGCAGAGGACAAAGACGGCGACAGGGCUGUUCAUCAUGCAGCUUUUGGAGAUGAAGGAGCUGUGAUAGAGGUUUUGCACAGAGGCAGUGCAGAUCUCAAUGCUCGCAAUAAACGUAGACAGACACCUCUUCACAUUGCUGUGAAUAAGGGUCAUCUCCAAGUGGUAAAGACACUACUAGACUUUGGUUGCCAUCCUAGCCUCCAGGACUCUGAGGGUGAUACACCUCUUCAUGAUGCAAUAAGCAAAAAGCGUGAUGACAUCUUGGCAGUACUUCUAGAAGCUGGAGCAGACGUUACUAUUACAAACAACAAUGGAUUUAACGCUCUCCACCAUGCAGCCCUGAGAGGGAAUCCAAGUGCGAUGCGAGUGUUACUUUCCAAGCUCCCAAGACCAUGGAUUGUGGAUGAGAAAAAAGAUGAUGGCUAUACUGCCUUACAUUUGGCAGCACUUAAUAAUCAUGUAGAAGUAGCAGAACUCUUGGUGCAUCAGGGAAAUGCUAAUCUGGAUAUUCAGAAUGUAAACCAACAGACUGCGCUGCACCUUGCUGUUGAACGGCAGCAUACCCAAAUAGUGCGGCUCUUGGUCCGUGCAGGUGCUAAACUGGAUAUUCAGGAUAAAGAUGGGGAUACUCCCCUGCAUGAAGCUCUCAGACAUCACACUUUGUCACAACUUCGCCAGCUCCAAGAUAUGCAAGAUGUGGGAAAAGUCGAUACAGCUUGGGAGCCAUCAAAGAACACGCUGAUAAUGGGACUGGGUACUCAGGGAGCAGAGAAGAAGAGUGCAGCAUCUAUCGCCUGCUUCCUGGCAGCCAAUGGAGCUGAUCUCGGUAUUCGUAAUAAGAAGGGUCAGUCACCGCUUGACCUGUGCCCUGACCCUAGCCUCUGUAAAGCAUUGGCUAAGUGUCACAAAGAGAAAGCGAGUGGCCAGGUUGGCUCCCGAAGUCCUUCAAUGAUCAGCAAUGAUUCAGAAACUUUAGAAGAAUGUAUGGUAUGUUCCGAUAUGAAGAGAGAUACUUUAUUUGGCCCAUGCGGGCAUAUUGCUACCUGUUCGCUCUGUUCACCAAGAGUCAAGAAAUGCCUCAUCUGCAAAGAGCAAGUUCAGUCAAGAACAAAGAUUGAAGAAUGUGUGGUGUGCUCAGACAAAAAAGCUGCAGUAUUGUUCCAGCCUUGUGGACACAUGUGUGCUUGUGAAAAUUGUGCCAGCCUAAUGAAAAAAUGUGUGCAGUGUCGGGCAGUGGUAGAGCGAAGAGUGCCUUUUAUUAUGUGCUGUGGUGGGAAAGGUCAAGAAGAUGCUACAGAUGAUAUCUCAAGUGGAAACAUCCCUGUUCUGCAGAAAGACAAGGACAAUACCAAUGUCAAUGCUGAUGUACAGAAAUUGCAGCAGCAAUUGCAGGACAUAAAAGAACAGACCAUGUGCCCUGUGUGUUUGGAUCGUCUGAAGAAUAUGAUCUUUCUCUGCGGCCAUGGAACAUGUCAGCUUUGUGGUGACAGAAUGAGCGAGUGUCCCAUCUGCCGGAAGGCUAUUGAACGAAGGAUCUUGCUGUAUUAAACUAUAAAGUGUCUUCCUUUAGUCUGUCACAUUUUUACUAUAUUUUGCUAUUUGAAUCUCCAUUAGCUUUAGUGGUAGGUAAAGAUUUCAUGAAAAUGUAAUACUAUGGAGUUUGCUGCAUUUUAAGUGCUGAUAACCACAACACAAACCAGUAUUUGAGUGGUCAGCCACUCUUUCCAUCAAGGAAGCUAGCCCGGUUUAGGUUAAUUAACAGCAUAGUUUGUUUUAUAUUGUUUGCCUUUCUCCUUUUCCCUGCCCCCUUUAUGUUAAAGGGACAAUCUUGAUUUCCCCUAUUGAUAUUUUAUUUUAUAUAUAUGUAUAUGAACUCUUUAUUUCAGCAGUGUCGAUUUUUAUACCGUUGGUUGUUUUUCAUGUAUAAAUAUUUUUAAUUCUCUAUAAAUUGUAUCCAUUGUAAAGUUUUUUUUCCACAGUAGUAUCAUAUUGAAUUGCAGCAGCAAGCUAAGACUUGUAGCUAGUUGGAGGAAUAAAAACAAUGAUAUUUCAGUAUUACAUGUUGCCUCUAAAAUCUGAAAGCCUGUAAUUUUGUGUAGUCUUUUUUGUGCUCCAAGAUAACUUGAAGGAGAACAAGAGUACAAAUAAUUCUGCUCCUAAGCAAAGGAGCUGUGAGGUCAAUCACACAUAAUAGCCAUUCCUUCUAGAACAGGUGGGAAACUGUGGCUAUCCAGAUGCUUUUGGGCUACAUAUUCUCCCAAUAAUGCCUGUGAAGGGCAGGACUGCUGGAAGGUGUAGUAAGAACAUCUGGAAAUUCACUGCCUACCCUUGUCUAGAAUAAGACAGCUGAUAAACUUCUAAAGCAGGGAGACUCGUAACAUGAGGCUGAAUGCAACACAUACUGCCUCUGAUAAUAAAAAGCAACAGUAUGCCAGGCAAAUACUUCUGUAUGCCCAUAGAGCUUUUCGGAUCUCAGCUAUAUGUCUUUCAAAUGAUAAAUAAAUCUGAAUGAAGACACAUAAUGGACAUAUAAUAUUAUUUAGAUACUUAGAAUCAUUCUAGCUUAGGAUUGGAUCUAUACUUAGUGGAGCCAUUGCAGUCAGUGGAGUUGUCUCAGAACAGACUCUAGAUCCACUGAUGUAAAUAGACAUACUCUAAGUAUGACUAAAUAUGUGUCCAAUCCAUGGGUCAGAAUUACAUUUGAGUGCUGUUCUGCAAUAAGAGAAUAUAUAGCAAGAGUUAUAAGAACUUGAACAAUAGGCUUUCCUAUAAGAGUAUUCCUGUUUCUUGCAGACCGCACUUUAUCCUUGAAUUUUUUGGUCAAUACUCUUGAAGUUCACUGGGACCAUUUUGUUCAUAAUAGCUAAGACAGUCAUUGACAAGUUGCUGAGAUUUCUUUAAAUUGUGCAAAAUGAGAUAAGAGUUGACUUCAAAGCUUAAUGUAAGUGGACAUGGGAGAGCAGUUUGCUCUAACAGUUCCAUGGUAGGUUGUAGAUAGAUUUCCAUAAGUUAAAGCAGCUAUUAGAAAUGAAUGCAUGGCUGAAAAAAACUAUUUUAAUUUUUAUAUUUUCAAUUGGCAGAUACACCAGUUUUAUAUUUAUUUCCUAUUAAGUUCUUCUAAGCAUUGUGACGGAACACACUACAAUAGAUAAAUGAAUUGCCUUUCCUCUAACUAAUGGUUUAUCCCUGUUUAAAUUAACUUAAUCAAGGGAAUUGCUUGCAGGAACAUUCUGUAUUUGGUGUGUGUGAUCUGUACCAUAGAGAGUUGAGCUUUUUAUUUUUAUUAACUUUUUAAUUUACAAAUAUCUGCAGAUCUGGGACACAUGUAUUAGGAAUAUUACUUAUAGAUAGAAACAGGUGUAGAAGUAUAUGGUAUUAUAAUGUAAAUUGGCAGUAUUUUUCAAUAUUGCAAAUCUAGAAUCUUGAUUUCCUGGAAUGUCCAGAUACUAUCCAGUUGCUAUAGCUAAAUGACGAAGGUUGCAGUCCUAUGCAUACCUGGGAAUAAAUCACACUGUUCUUACUAUGAUUUUGUUCUGACAGGUUUGAACUAUGAUACCAAAGCACAUUUGUCUAUAAUUUACGUCAAACAUUAUGGUUCUUAGAGUUAAGUUUUUUUUAACAAUACAAGUGGUAAAUGUGUAUGAAUGAAAUAUAAAUAUGUCAAAUGAGUACGAACUCAUUGAUUCUUAGUCCAGUUUAUAAAAUGAUAAAAUGUGUAAAACAAGUCUUGUAAUGAUUCUGAAAUUGCAUACUGAAUUGUAUAGUUCCCUUUCAAAAGCAAACUAGCUGAUUCCAAUUUGAUAAACUUUUUCCGCAGGUGUUUUCCUGGGGGGAAAGCCUUACAUGCAUAGGGUCAGAAAUAACACUAGCAUUUACAGUCAAUCUGAUUUUAAACACAUAAGUUUUUUUAGAUAAGGAAUCACACAGAAAAGUUAAUGUUGUAUAUAAUUGAUGGAAAUCUCCCUUGAUAAAGGAGUGUGUAGUAUACUGUGAUAAACCACACAGACAAGAAAGCUGAGUGACAAACUUAUUAAAAUGUUUUGUAUCCUCUGUCCCCUUCAAUUUCUGCAAUACUUUUAAAAGCAUGUAGUUGUGUGAACAAAUGACUAGGACUACACACUUACCUCAAAGUAAUGCCCAUUCAAUUCAACUGAGAUUAUUUUUGCAUAGGCAUGUGUAGGUAACUUAAUGUCUGAAAAGAUGGAUGAGAGGCGCCACUCUCAACCAGUAUAAGAAAGUAGGACACUUGUUAUAUUAAUCCCUAUUAAUUUUUUUGAUGUUCUGAUAAUAUUUUAUGCCAUUUUGUUCACCAUGUUUUUGUAACUUCUGUUAGCCAACAUAAAAUGCUACAUUGGUUUUAAUUUUUCUUAAUUUAUUUGAUAUGUAUCUUGUUAAACUUUUAUAGUAUAUGAAGUCAGAUAUGGAGACUUGAAUUUAUACCUUUAUUAAAGUGUAAAUACAAACCUGA